UGGGUUUCAUUUUCAUUAAUUUCAUCAUCUCCAAUCCUUAAUUUCCUGUUGUGCGUACGUCAAUCUCAUCUCGAUCGAUCAUGUCUCUCAAUAAUUCAAAACCAGAUCACCUCAAAAAAAUCUCACUAGAGCAAAUCCAAUUGGCUACCAACAACUUUUCCGAUGACAAUGUCAUCGGUCGGGGUGGAUUUGGGUUGGUCUAUAAAGGCCAACUCUGCCCCUCCACCAAAUUAGUUGCAAUAAAACGGCUGGACGAGAAGCUCGGCGGACAAGGACAAGGUGAGUUCUUGAUGGAGAUCAACAUGCUCUCUAGAUACAAACACGAUAAUCUAGUCUCUCUUGUUGGAUUCUGUGACCAAAGUAAUGAGAAAAUCCUUGUUUACGAGUACGAGGCUCGUGGAAGCCUUGAUAGACACUUGGCGGCCACCACGGAUCUCACAUGGGUGAAACGGCUCCAUGUAUGUCUUGGUGCGGCCCGUGGACUAAACUACCUUAAUAACGGUCUGGGUGACGGACACAGGGUGUUCCAUCGUGACAUAAAGAGUCCUAAUAUCUUGUUAGAUGAGAAUUGGAAUGCCAAAAUAUCUGAUUUUGGAUUAUCUAAAAUACUUGUCACCAAUAAGGAGAUUAAUUCAUAUGUUAAAUCGUAUGCUUGUGGCACAAUUGGUUAUAUUGAUCCACAGUAUCAAACAACUAAUGUGCUUACAAAAGAAUCUGAUGUGUACGCUUUUGGUGUUGUUUUGUUUGAAGUCUUAUGUGGAAGGCUAGGAGUGAUCUAUAAGUACAAGGCUGACGACGAUCGUCGAUUUCUGUCUCAAUUGGCAAGACGUCACUACAAAGACGGAACGUUGGAGGAUAUCAUCAACCAAGAUCUACGAAAACAAAUUAAACCCAAGUCGUUACGAGCAUUCUCGAGAAUUGCUUACCAGUGCUUGAAAAAAGACCGAAAACGACGCCCGACAAUGGAGUUAGUCAUCGAAGAACUACAAAACUCAUUGGAAUUUCAAAUUAGUUGCCAAAGAAUCACACGGAUCGGGUUAUGGGGAUCAAGCACAUGUGGAAAUCCAUGGUCAUUUCCGCUUGACGACAAUCAGAAGCUUAGGCAAAUAAGGAUAGAUCACAAGAAUUGGAUUUAUUCCCUCGCUUUCACAACUCAGGAUUCCAAUGGUUUGUUGCAUCAUUCUCAACAUUAUGGUGGAGAGCAUGGUGAUACAGGUGGCCGAAUUUCUGAGGUCAACUUUGACGCCGACGAACAGAUCGUGGGGAUCGUCGGAACAGUUGGAAUAACCUACGGAUGGCCUUUAACCACAGGUUGGGUUAAAGGUCUUACAGUAAUAUCCUCACUGUCUUUCGUGACAAACAAAAAGACAGAUGGCCCGUUUGGUAACGAGGCGGGCGGGGUUCGUUUUUCGGUACCGUGGGAUGCAGGUUCGUUUGCUGGGUUUUAUGGCCGUGCCGGGCUUUACAUGGAUGGGCUUGGUUUCUAUUUGAAGAGUGUCACGUUAUUGGAGUAAUUCAAAUAGGGUGUUUGGUAUAAAUAGAAUUGAGAGAAUAGGAAAAGGGAUCUUUUCUAUUGUUUGUUACAUAAGGUGAAUGGAAUCGACAAGUCACUUUGUUAUAUAAGGUGAAUGGAAUCGACAAGUCACUGUA